UUACAGAGAACUGAAAGGAGUUGCUGAACAGGAUUUCCUGGUAAGGAGAUGUCCGGCCAGAUUUUGAAGAGACCCAAGGCUCCGCAGUCCAGCAACCCGAGUGUAGCUCAAAGGUUAAACCUGCUGUGGAAAUACCUGGAUGCAGCAGGACUUCAGAAGUGCAUGGAGGACCUGUGUGCCCAGCUACUGAGGAGCACGGAACUGCCACAGAAUCCAUACCCCAGACUUUUCCGUCAGAUCCAGCAGCAGGCAGAAUGGUUUCGAUUAACUAACUCCAUGCCAUCUGAAAGAAUCCUUUCCGAUCUGAACUUUCCUACCUUUUCCACAGCCAUCGGAUACAUAUCAGGUGCCAGGAACUCCUCCCAUGUGUGGGGCCUACCCAGUGUUCUGUGCUCUGUCUCUCCUGCUCAGCUCACACAGUACAGCUGGUUGCUGGCCAGUGUCACACCUCCCCCUGCCGGUCUGCAUCGGACCCCUGCUUACUCAGUUCAGGUGUUGUCUGCUCUCACAGGACCAGCCAUUUUUACCGGAACCUUCUAUGACCUGCCUCCUACUGUAGAUAUUCUCCUAAAUUUUGUCAUCAUUGGUUCAGACCUCCAGAGAGCUGUAUCUGUCUACGCAGAAUGUCUCAGGAACGAUAUCAGCAGGACAAUCAAACAGCAAAAUCACCUUGUCUUUAGGUUGGUUGUCCCUGUUGACAAAAAUGGACAAAACGACGUUUUCUCCAGAGACCAGCUGAUGAACCUCACCGAGGGCUUUCACUCCAGUGUCUCAGCAGCCAUCGCGGCAAAGCAGCUCAUCCGACUUGAGUGCCUAUGGCGACUGAACAUCACCGGUGAGGAUUUCCUCAGGGGAGCAAAGCUGUACACCCUGACCAUCGUUCAACCCUCGGAUGGGGAUAUGGAGGAGAGGAUUUUCGAUUACUCCGAGCUUCCUCUGAUCCACCUGUAUUCCAGCGUCUUCCUCCGGCAGACCCAUGCGGAAGCCUAUUGUGGCAUUUUUAUCCCGAGGGAGGAGGCUAUUGACAAAGACUUGCAGCUUCCACGGAUGAAAGCCACCCAUAACUCUCGAGGAGGUGAGUGGCCCAGCAGCUCUCAGAAACACAUUUCAACCUCUUCCAAGGUAUCUCCUCACGGAUUUCAGUGCACAGAGCAAGGCAAACACGGCCCAGAUUCCAGCAGCGUCUUGGAGACCAUCAGGGCAAGCAUGUUGCAGAGAAUCGCUUGUGUCCCACUGAGCACGGGAGCAUUCGAUAUUAUCUACUUCUCCAUACUAAUCAUUCUCAUGGAGCUGGGACAUUCUGGGAACCAGGAACACAGCUCUCGGAUGCCAGACAGAGAGCAGCACCUGUUGGAGGCCUUAGUACAACUUUACAGAUUUCUACAUGGCUCUGCCUCUCGAAUAUGGAACAUCAUAAACCUGAACCAAACCAUCUGCUUGCUGUUGGAGUCUGAGGACACGGAGGUCAAUUGCAGGGAGAUCUUUACGGUCUUAGCUGAAAAAUGCAGGAAGUUGAUUUCUGAUUUUUUGGAUUCCGAUUACCGGAAAGUCUCGUCUGAUUUCGUGACCCUGAGUAAAGUUUUGAAGAUGAGGAUGGAGUCAGCACUGCAUGCUUUAUUGGAAGAUCCUCACAGAAAACUUCUGAACAACUUCCGAGAGAUGUGUUCCUGUGGGACGGUGAUGUUGCUUCAGGCAGUGGAGGACUCCCUGCCCUGGGUGCCAGUAUUAACAGACAUGAAGAAACAAGCAGAAGAGGCUUCUCAGGGAACAGGACCCGACAACAAGCAGGUCAACAGUGAAGGUUCCCCCCAAGGUGCACCCCCACUGCCACACACCAGGGGACAGUACAUUAAUGUGGCUGGAAGUGCUUCCAAUGUAAAAGCCCCUGGACAGGACGAUCAGGAUGGACGGGAAGAUGAGGAUGCUGCCCUCAUAAAGUAUUGUGUAGACUCCCGGCUGGAUUGGCACUGGGAACAAUGCUUACAGGCAAUCUUUUCAGAAUCGCCUCUCCCACCAAAUCCUUACCCAAUAGUAGCUUCAGAAUUCAUAAAGGCUUCCCUAAGGAUGGAGCUGUGGCGGAAGAGAGAUGAGGAAGUUAUCCAUCAGAUCCUACAGUGUUCUCCAAAACUGAUUGAUCAUGAGAACCACAUCUUCCAGGUUCCAGGUUUCGAGGUAUUUGGGUUAAAGAGUGCCCUGUGCACAUUGAAUCCUAACACCUUCCCAAGUGUCCUCGGGCUGAUCUCCAUGAUGGGAAACAGUAACUUUCCACAUCGAUGCCAAGACUUCAAGGUGGCCCUGGGUCUGGGAGUGAACACCUCGACUACCUGGCUCGGCUCGUUAAGUCCGUUCCUUAACGUUUUGGAACUGACUGAGUUCUACUACCUUAAAGGUCCUCCGGGAUGCCACAGGGAAGCACUUCAGGCUUAUGCUAAAAUAGUGCAGAGUCACCUGAAGGACCUGCGGGUCCGAUUGAAGGGAGCACCGAUGUUCACAGUGUGGCUCUCCGAGGGAAACCGCUGGAGCGUGGACGACAUCCUGACUUAUCGAUCAGCAUUCAUCGAGGCCUUCGCCGACUGUGUAGCCAAAGGCCAUCAGGCAUACCUGAAGGUGCUUCUGUCUGCUCCAGGCUCCCCCUGGCAGUAUCUUCCCACUGUUAAGUACUUUGUGCUAUAUUACUUUGAGGAUCAAGAGGAAAGGUGGCGAUGCUUUCCCCACCACGACUCUGUCGGACUUUACCACAAUGUUUUCCUUUCAAAGGAGGCUGCGACUUUUCACUUCCGGAGAGUGGGUCCUCCUGGAGACCCAUUCAGUGGUUCAAACCUCCACAGAGUGAUGAUGGGACUGGAUGCUGACAUUCUCAAGAGUUUUCUGAAGGAAGACAUUCUAAAUACCUACAGGUUAGCAGCGUUGAAGUGCUUGAUUGGUCCGCGCUAUGACAUCAUCCCAGCAUGCUGGCGAAUGUUGCACAGCGCGGCCGCUCAGCUCGACUACCUCAACCGACUCAAUGAGACCAUUCAGGAACUCCUAUCAGUUGAAAACAUGAAUGACCUCGAGACAACUGGAGCAAGUCUGGAUGAGGCUCUGCUGAUGUACCAGCAAGAAUUACAAACUGCACUAGAGAAUCAAAGCUGCCCAGUACCAGCUGGCCUCCUGGACCUUGUCCUGAGUAAGAUUCAAGCAGUUGAUGCCAGAGCUGGUGGAAGGGGCAACCCCGAUCAGUUGAGGGAUGUUGCUGUGAUGUGCCAGGCCGUGGCUGAUGUUGUUGCCUGGGAGAUUCAUGCUUUGUGCCCUGAAAUGGAAUCGCUGCUUCAUUCCCUCAACAGCAGCAUGUUGCAGGCAGCCAAACUGCCACCACCUGCAGAGGGACCUGGUGUAGGAGCAGUGACCCCAGACGACUGGACCAGCCAGGAAACUCCAGUGUUGAUUAACACUGGCAGGGAAGCACUGGAAGGCUGGUGAUGACGGGAAAUGUGCACAUUACAUUUCUUAAAGAGGCACUAUUGCUAGGAAUUUGUAUUCUGCUGAUUUACUUGGAAUCACUGGAGAAAAUGCAGGGAACUGAAGUAAAUUCAUUGCUAAAAGUUUUUCUGAUGCACAUUGUGACUGUUGUAUAUCAUUACACACCUUGCACCAGUUUACUCCUCCUGGAGAGACUAAAUCUGGCAUUCUUUAGAUAACUAUACUGUACUUAUAGAUGCAGCGAUGAAUUGGAUAUCCUGUAACAAUGCACUUAUUCAGUUGCUAUUUUACAAUGCAGUGACAUAGUACGUUAUUCUGCUACUUAACAGAUGUUGUCCACAGUACGAUUAAUGCUGUGGUGUUUAAAGGCUAUAACUAGACACCUGAACAAAAUUAGACCCAUCUUGAGAUUAAAUAGUGCUUUCUUUUCUGUUUCUGAGGAAGUUUCUUCAAACCCCAUAGACAAAGGCUAAUUGUAAAUGACUGACUUUCCUUUCCUGUACCUUACAUGUUCAUAAAAAAAAAUGCAGGUAGUUAGACAUCUCUAUCCUGAAGGUGCCGAACUGCUCGGUGGGCUGUGACUUUUCUUGUAUUAGUUCCUCUCCACUAUCAGGCCUAAGUGAUUAUUCCACAGGUAUUUCUCAAUAGGCCAUUCAACUGGAGGUAAACUGUUCCUGUAUGUAUACAGAGCAAGAGGGUCACUGGAUAACAAGGCAGGAGUAAGGAGGUCUGCCUGGUCUUUUUAAUUGUCUCCAGUCCAAGAACGACUGAAGCUAGCUGUAAUAUUCUGACCACAAUGCCCUCGGACAGAAACUAGACAGCAGAACGGAUCAGUCUCUGAGCUUUCACCUCUUCCAGUUCAGGGGGAUGCCCAGCUUUGUCCUUGGACCAACUGGUGUUAUCAAGAUUCUUUCCGUCGGAGCCCGUUACCCUGUCUCCAUCCACCUUCCUCUGCAGCUGGUAUAUCCCUCGGUGAUUAAGGGAUUCAUUACGAAAUUGAAAGAAUUCUUAACCCUCACCACAACCCAAAUGAAAAGUUGUUUAAAAUUCGUGGAAUUUUUCUACCAUUUUGUAACAAGUUGACAUAAUUGUAUUUGUUAAAUAAACACACUGUUUCCAAAGCUGUAAUUAAAACACUUAACUGCCAGAAGAAUGGUAAAAUCUCUUCUUCUCUUGAGACAGUCCCUCAGGAUGGAGGACAAGAAGUGUCCACUCCAGCUCUGUGGCUGCUGAGGCCAAUGUGAGAGUUGUAGACAAUGUCACGGGCAGGCAGGAGAGAGGACAGGCUGGUGUGUCAAUUGAGAGGCGAUGUGCUCCUUCUACUGUCUACACGGUGCUUCUGUGCGCUCCUGAUGAAUACUCUCAAGGUGCUCAAGGAUACUCUCAUUUGUAAGACUCAUUCACUUGUAGAUUUCAACUGAUGGUGGCUUGCUGCUCAGCCUCCGGACAUGCAGACACAAGCGUCAUCUGUCCACUGCAGCCCAAUGACUGAUGUUGGGGUAACCUUGGUUCUGGACUGGAGAUGAUGUAGGUUGAUAAGAUCUUUAUUAGUCACAUGUACAUCGAAACACACAGUGAAAUGCAUCUUCUGCGUAGAGUGUUCUGGGUCCAGCCCGCAACCUCCUAUCUAUCCUGUAGAUUGGUUCCACUCCACUGGGAAGUUUAUUGGAGACCAGGUGAAUCAUU